AUGCGCAAGCUGUGCCACCUCAGUGUCGAGUCCGUCGAGCUCUUCUUGCAGCACGGCAUCGUCCCCACGGUCGCCCAGGCGCUGCUGAGCUUCCCGGAAGACGCCAUCUUGCAGGCGUCCGCGUGUGGAUGCCUUGCCGUGUUGACCCAGACCAGCGACGUCAGCAAGAACGAAAUGCUGUCGAUGAGCGAUCCGAGCAUCCUCGGACUGGUGCUCGCGUCUCUGGAUAUCCAUCGCGAGUACUCGAAUCUCACGCGCCAAGUCCAGAUUUAUGCAUGUGAAGUUUUGACUGAGUUAUGUGACUACGGUGGGCCAUCAACCGUUGCGUCCUUGAUCGCCCAUGAUCCUCGGCGGAAGGCAGAACCCACCAUUGAGCUGGCUGUCGCCCUCACCCGACAGAGCAUGGCUCGUGAAGAUAAGAAAGUGACGUGUUCGUUUUGCAGUCUGUUGUUGUGUCUUGCCUCAAAUAGCUCAGCCGCGGCCGAGAGCUUGCGCGAGGUUGGUGCCAUCGCGGAUAUCUCCGUUGUUAUGGCAAAGUAUCCUGUCGACGAAGGUAUUAUACGAUUCUCCGCUGCAGCACUGCGGGAGAUCGCGGAGACGAGCCUGAGCCAUUCGCCAUCGAAAACUGUUCAUGAAAAGGCUCGAGUCAUUUUGGACGAGGACGUUAGCCGCAGCCGCGAUACUUCUCCACGAGCGACCGCAAGAAAAGGAGAGUCCGGCCUCAAGUCCACCACUGGUCGACGCCGACCCAAGUCGCCUACAAACCGGCCCAACACAUCCUCGGGGAUACCAGCUCCAGGGAAUGCGCGUUCGUUCGGACAGUUGUCAAAUGCUCUCGGCGACGCCCCAGGUGCCUCGUUCUUCACUUCCCCUGUAAAGCUGGCGGAUGAGCCCCGAAUCGCAACACCAAAGGCAUCAAGGCUUCCUCCCCCACGCAGCAGAGAUGAACAUAUGCGGAGGGUGGGCGAAAUGAAGCGGCGGGGUAACGGAAACGGGCAACGCGAUCGUCUCUUGAUGAAGACAGGCUUCACUCGGGAGAAUUCGUUUAGUCCUCUGAAAAACAACUAUUUGGGAACUGAAGGUGUGACGUUCGUCAUCCCCCCGCCGUUGUCGAGCAGUCAAUCGCUGGAGCAGCCAAUCGUAUCACGAGGUACCAAGACACCAACGCGACCGCACUCAGCGCGCCUAACACCGCUGGUCAACGAACGGGUAAAGAUUUCCACUGCUAGGUUUCCGAGUUCUGCAGCGGAGUGGGGGAGCGGAGAUGAUGCGUGGCCAAUGGAUACCAGCAUGAGUACCGGCCAUUUACGCCCCCAGACUGCCGUCGUAGUCACAAAGCUGUCUGAUCCUGCCAGUCGAUGGGACAGGCCGAGCGAUCAAGUAUCCGACCACAGGAAGAAAGACCGUGGAGACUCCAGAGAAAGGAAGCGAGAACGCGAGUCACCUGGAACGUCAAAGGCCGCUGGAGCGACUGACAAGCGGCAUUCUGCUGGAGAGAGACCCAGUGCCGUGACGGACAUGGAUCAGUCCAUGGCUGAGCUCCGUGAAUUUGGGCAGCAGCUGCUCAAAGAGGAAGCGAGAAUUUCCUCACUGCUCGCGCAAGCAGGCUCCAAGUCUCCAGGUCUUAACCGCAUG